UCAUCACCUUUUCAUCUAGUCUUUGAAUAGUUUUGACCAUGGAUAACCAAUCCAAGUUUCUUCCACUGUUCUUCACCUUGCUUGUGUUCAUUUUCAUGGUGUUUAAGCUAUGGAUGAGAUCCAAAAUAAAGGACUCUCCCAAAAAUCUACCCCCUGCACCAUGGAAACUACCUAUCAUAGGGCAUUUGCACCUCCUACUUUUCUCUAUUCCCCAUCACCGCUUCACCAAAUUAGCCAAAAAACAUGGCCCCGUGAUGCACCUUCAACUUGGUGAAUUAUCACACGUUGUUGUUUCUUCUCCGGAGGCUGCUAAAGAAGUGAUGAAAACACAUGAUAUCAAUUUCGCUAACAGGCCCUUUCUCCUUGCUACAGAAAUCAUGACGUAUAAUUUUUCAGAUAUUGGUUUUGCACCGUAUGGAGGUUGUUGGAGGCAGCUUCGAAAAGUUUGCACGUUGGAGCUGCUUAGUAUGAAACGUGUACAAUCAUUCCGAUCAAUUAGAGAAGAGCAGGUAUCAAGUUUGGUUACGUCCAUCUUUUCUAGUGCAGGAUCAGAAAUCAACCUGGGAGAACUGUUAUGCAACUUAUCAUAUAAUAUAACUUUAAGGACUACUGUUGGCGGAAGAUGCAAGCAACAUGAAACAUACCUUUCAAUUCUGAGGAAAGCAGUGGAACUUGCAGCUGGUUUUAGUAUUACCGAUCUAUUUCCUUCCAUCAAAUUGCUUCCUGUGAUCAGUGGGAUGAGAGCCGAAAUCAAGAGGAUGCACCGUGAUUUAGACGCAAUGAUGGAAAGCGUCAUUGAAGAACAUAGAGGUAGCUGUGAAAAUCCAAAGAACUGUGAUGAUCUUGUUGAUGUUCUUUUGAAUCUUCAGGAUCAAGGAGGCCUUGAAUUUCUCUUGACAACUGACAACAUCAAAGCUGUUACCCUGGACAUGAUUGCAGCCGGAACGGAGACAUCUUCGACUACAGCAGAAUGGGCGAUGUCGGAAAUGAUGAAAAAUCCUAGUGUCCUGAAGAAAGCACAAGCCGAGGUGAGGCGAGUCUAUGAAAGAACAGGAGAUGUCAAUGAAUCAGACCUUCAUGAACUGAAAUACUUGAAAUUAAUCAUCAAGGAAACUCUAAGAUUACACCCUCCUUUACCUUUGCUACUUCCGAGAGAAAAUACUGAGAGAUGUAAGAUUAAUGGAUAUGAGAUACCAGCCAAGACCAAAGUGAUUGUUAAUGCAUGGGCAAUCGGAAGAGAUUCCAACUACUGGAACGAAGCAGAUAAGUUCGAUCCGGAGAGAUUCAUCGAUAGUUCAGUCGACUAUAAAGGGGCAAACUUGGAAUAUAUUCCGUUUGGUGCAGGAAGGAGGAUAUGUCCAGGCAUGUCAUAUGGUAUGGCUGUUGUUGAGCUAUCCCUUGCUCAAUUACUGUACCAUUUUGAUUGGAAACUCCCUAAUGGACUGAAAAAUGAGGAUUUAGACAUGGCUGAAGCCUUUGGUGUGACAACUAAAAGAGAAAGAGAUCUCUACCUGAUUCCCAUUCCUUACUACCCACCAUCAGGUAUUUGAUCAUUUACGAUAAAAAUACUUGUGAAAAAGAAAAAUUCCAAGAAUAAUGCACUAAAUAAUUGCCCUUUCAGCAAUACCAGAUUUCCUUUUUCCUUUAGCCUCGU